AUGUCCUUGCUUUGCUAUAAUAGAGGCUGCGGCCAGCGCUUCGACCCAGAGACCAACACGGAUGAUUCUUGUACAUAUCAUCCAGGAGUUCCAGUUUUUCAUGAUGCUUUAAAGGGUUGGUCUUGCUGUAAGAGAAGAACAACAGAUUUUUCUGAUUUCUUAAGCAUCGUAGGCUGUACAAAGGGUAAGCACAAUGAUGAGAAGCCUCCUGAACCUGUCAAACCUGAAGUCAAGACCUCUGAGAAGAAGGAAUUGUCUGAAUUAAAACCUAAAUUUCAAGAACACAUCAUUCAAGCCCCUAAACCAGUAGAAGCAAUAAAAAGACCAAGCCCAGAUGAACCAAUGACAAACUUGGAGUUGAAAAUAGCUGCUUCACUAAAACAAGCACUGGAUAAACUUAAACUGUCAUCUGAGAAUGAAGUAGAUAAAAAGGAUGAUGAUAGUGAUGAAAUUAAGAUUGGGACUUCAUGUAAAAAUGCUGGCUGUGUAAAGACAUACCAGGGUCCACAGAGUAUAGAAGAAGUUUGUAUUUUUCAUUCUGGAGUUCCUAUUUUCCAUGAAGGGAUGAAAUAUUGGAGCUGUUGUAAGAGAAAAACUUCUGAUUUUAAUACAUUUUUAGCCCAAGAAGGAUGUACAACAGGAAAGCACUUGUGGACAAAAAAAGAUGCUGGGAAAAAAGUUGUUCCAUGUAGGCAUGACUGGCAUCAGACAGGAGGUCAAGUUACUAUCUCAAUAUAUGCUAAAAAUUCACUUCCAGAACUUAGUCAUGUAAAGGCAAAUAGUACACUGUUAAAUAUCCAUAUUGUAUUUGAAGGAGAAAAAGAAUUUCAUCAAAAUGUGAAAUUAUGGGGAGUAAUCGAUGUGAAGAGGAGUUUUGUAAAUAUGACAGCCACAAAGAUUGAAAUCACAAUGAGAAAAGCUGAACCUAUGCAAUGGGCAAGGCUUGAACUACCUUCACCCAAAAAACAAGAUGAUAAAAAAGAUAAUAUAGCUGAUUGAGAACAAGGGAGAUGGGGUGGGAUGGGACAUUAGCUAUUACCUGUUUUGAGGUUCCUAAUACUAUGUGGUGAAGUGGUGACUUGCUAUUGUAAUUAUAUACAUACAUAGACACAUAUAUGAAUGUAUGCACAUAUAUGUUAUUAAUAUGGCAUUCCAGACCUAGUUAAAAAAAAAAGAUUUCUAGAAACCAAAAUCUUUUUUUCCUUUUCAUGAAUUCCUUUUGGCUAAAAUGUGGGAGUGUUCUUGCUAUCUAAAUGUUAAACUAAAAGAAGUCAGAAAAAGAUCUCCCUAUAACAUCAUUCAAUACUUCUCCGUAUCAUUGUCAUGUUAAUGGGAGCAACAGGAAAGGGGCAUUUCAUGUGUUUUAUCUCACUUUCGCUUUUAUUCCAUAUUGCUGUAUUACUGUGGGAUAUAAGGGGUUUUAUUCCAUUCUUUUAGGUGUUUGGGUUCCAUAGUUUUAGGGGGUGGGAGGGGCUGUAAACAGCAGAAUUUGUUUUCUUUAUUUUCUUUUUUUCCCCCCUGCAUUUCAAGUUACUGGAGUCACAAAUCACACAUAGGCAAUUAUAAAUAGGGUCGACUUUUUUUCCUAGUUGGACAUCCUCAGAGGUGAUGAAGAUAGUAAAGAAAAGGGAGCUUGGCUUGUAUGUUGUAUAAUUUGUAAAAAAAAAAAAAAUUAUAAUAAUAAUAAUAAUUGCAGUUAGCUUCCCUGUAGUAAUUCCAUUUCUUACCAUGCAGUCUAAUUGUUACUGCUAAGAUUCAUUGAGAGUAGAGGGGAAAGGGUUAACAUGCAAAAUUUGAAAUGAUCAAUUUGGUCCUGAUUUAUUGUUUCAUAUAAAAAUUAUGUUAAAUAACUUUCUUGUGUGAUUAUUUAAAGUUCUCAAAGCUAUAUUGAUUUCUGUGUGUGUUACACGUAUAGCUAUUGGUUGACUUACAACAUAUGAAUUCAUUCAGAUUGGUGAAUUGUACUAGAGACUAUUUUGAAAGAUCUGGGAAUCUUUAGCCUAAAAAAGAGAACAUUUGAGAGAAAAUAUCUGCCUUCAGAUAUUUGAAGGACUAUUAUGUAGAAGAAUGU